AUGAAAUUAACAUUCAAUGGAAGUGAUAGUUUAAAUAAUGUUUAUUCAAGUAUUGAAGAAGUUUAUAAACUUGUUAAUAAAAAUGAUUGGUAUCAAUUAGAUAAAAAAGUAUGGGAUAAUAUGGAAAGUAGUGAUAAAGGAAUGGUUGAUGGAUAUACCAAAUUAAUUCCAAUAGAUGAAAGUAAUAGUCAUACUUUUUUAAGAAAUAUAUUAAUUAAAAUGAAUUGUAAUAUUGAAGAUUGUUUAGAUCUUGGAGGUGGAGUUGGAAGAGUUACAAAAGAUGUAUUAUCUCGUUAUUAUAAACAUAUUGACGUAGCUGAUCAAUGUUUAGUUCAUGUUAAUAAAGCAAAAGAAUUAAAAGAAAUACUUCCAUCAUUUAAUGAUGCAUUUGUUUGUGAUAUGCAAAAUUUACAAUUAAAUAAACAAUAUGAUUGUAUUUGGAUUCAAUGGUCAAUUCUUUAUUUAAGAGAUGAUGAUUUAAUUGAUAUGCUAAAAAAAUGUAAACAACAUUUAAAAGAAGGUGGAAUAAUUAUUAUAAAAGAAAAUGUUGGAACUGAUGGAUUUUAUUGGGAUCGUUCUGAUAAUUCUUUAAUGAGAACAGUUGAACAUAUGACUCAUUUAUUUGCACAAUCAGGACUACAAACAUUACAAAUUAGAAAAGACUUAAAUUACCCAACACAAUUUUAUCCACUUUAUGCUUUUCUUCUUCAAUAA